UUUCGAAAAAUUAAUUUUAUAUAAUGGAAUAUAUUUUGUGGAAUCGAAAAGAAUUUGACAUUAUUUAUAAUUGUACAGGAAUUAAUGUAGAUGAUGUCCCUAUUGAAAAAAGAAGAUAUCCAAUAACUGCAAUUAUUUGUAUAAUACUUGGAUUUAUAUAUUAUGUAGAUUUUUUGAAUUAA